AUGAAGGUGAUCAACACAACGAUCAUGAAGGACUUGCAAGAAAUCAACGAGAAGGUCAAGGAGAAGACACUCGAGCUGCGCAGGGAGCGAGUGCGUCUUAUCCAGGAGAAGGUGCGAGAGCUGUGGGGAACAGACAUCGAGCUGGACGGCACCCUCCGCGGCGCCGAGCUGGACCUGGAGCAGCUAUCGAAGGCCAAUUUGACGGACGGCCAAGUGGUCAAGCUGGAAGGGAACGAGCUUGAGGGCGAGCGAGCUAGCACCCCGCCCCCCCUCAGUGACGAUGAGUUGGCACCUCUUCCUUCUAACUCCAUCAUCUUCGGCAAUAUGUAUGACCAGUACCAGAACCAGCUGGACGACCUUGCCAAGCAGCAUCAGCAGGAGAUGGAGACCUUCAUCCGAGAGCAGGAGAUGAACACGAAACGCAUCAGCGAAAACCUGCAAGACAAGCUGAUGGCGAGGAGGCAGAGACGCGCGAGGAUGAGGAUCGAGGAGAAACAGAAGACGGCGCUCACUCAGUGA